GGAAGAGACGUGGCAGAGGGCCGGAGGGAGGCGGCGGAGACAGGUGGGCCUCGCCCGUCGCCCGAAGGCCGGACCAGAGGCGGUUGGGCUGCUUCGGCGACGCUCGGACGCUCCUUACCGGCUCCUGGGCCUCCCCGGGACGGUUUCCUCGCCAAGGGAGGCAGCUCUUCUCAGCCUAAGCCACCCCUGCGCCGACUACGAUGGGGCUCUGCAAAUGUCCGAAGAGGAAGGUCACGAACCUGUUCUGCUUUGAGCAUCGGGUGAACGUGUGCGAGAACUGCAUUGUCGCUAACCAUGCCAAGUGCAUCGUCCAGUCGUACCUGCAGUGGCUUCAAGACAGCGAUUACAAUCCCAACUGCCGGUUGUGUAACGCGCUUCUUUCCAACAAAGAGACAGUUCGGCUUGUGUGUUACGAUCUCUUUCACUGGUCCUGCCUCAAUGAGAUGGCCCACCAGCUGCCACAGAACACGGCCCCCGCCGGCUACCAGUGUCCCUCUUGCCAGGGUCCGGUCUUCCCUCCCACCAAUUUGGUCAGUCCGGUGGCGUCCGCCCUCCGAGAGAAGCUCUCCACCGUCAACUGGGCUCGGGCCGGACUCCGGCUUCCCCUGAUUGAUGAAACAGAAGUGACUCAGGAGGUGGAUACUCACAACGCCUCGGACUGCAGCGACUGGUCCAGUUUCACAGUCUUAAAUUCAGAAGAAGCUGCCCCACAGAAUUCAGCCUCCCCCUUCGCCUACAAUGCAAGUUGCAACUUUGAGUCCCCGCAGCAACAGCAGCAACAGCAGCAGAACCUGAAGAACGGCGGAGUGGCAGACCAACACACAAUCGUCAGCAUAAGUGAUGGAGCCUCCUCAUCGCGGAAAAUUUACGACACCCGGGAAGCCGGCGUCGGCCAGGACUCGAGCACCACCAUCGACUUCGACGAGGACAAAUACCGCCGGAGGCCAACGCUCAGCUGGCUCGCCCAGCUGCUCAAGAACCGCUUCGGCACCCGAAAGCAGCCACGGUCUUUAAUGCAGCGGUUCGUCAUCUUCCUUCUGAUCGGCGGGAUCGGCUUCCUGACGCUCGUCAUCGUCAUGAUGAAACUCGGCCGGGCCUCGGCCGACAACGACCCCAGCCUGGACCCCAAGUUCAACCCUCACAUCCGAGUGGGACAGUAGUUGAGUUAGGGGGCGCGGCCUCUCCUUUGUCGCGUGGGCCCCGUAUACCCCCACUCUCGGCUCUUCCUCUUGGCAGAAUUGCACCCUGGAGGAAGGGAAGGGAGGGAAGGAGGGCGGCCUUGGGGUUGCAACUACCGGGUGUUGUCUCCGUGAACUUCCCAGCCUGGACAGACAAGGUUGUUGGGACACCUUUGAAGCCUGGAUGAAGGUAUGCGAGUUAAAAGACGGCCCAUCUCUUUCUCCUCCUCCUCCACCUCCUCUUCCUUCUCCUCCUCCUCCUCCUCCUCCCCGCAGUCCGAUGGGAAUUGCAAACGGCCAAUUUUCGUCGCCAGCUUUAUGCAGAAAGUGCUGGUGGGCCGUUGAGGGACAGGAUUGAACUGGCAAUUUUUAAAGAGAGCAACGCCUCCCCUUCCGGUUUUCUUCUCUCGCUGCGACUCUUUGUCGGUGGGUGGGCCAAAGGGGUCCCUGUGUCCCCCUUCUCACAACCCGGGUUCCGCUCGAGCUCGGCAGACGCGAUGAGGCCCUGUGGGGGGUGAUGGGGGGGCUUUCCUCAAGGUCAAAGGGUUUCCCUGAAGUUCCUUUGAGACGGGAGGGAUCGGCUGGGGAUUGGGAAUGGCCUGUUGCCUUCCCCACCUUUAGCAGUUUUUAUAAAAGAAUAUGGUCAAGUUUGGGGAUUUCUCCCCCAAGUCCUAUCCUAAAUCUAUUUCGAUGCUUCCACACAAGCUACCCUUGGUUGCAGGAACACCGCAGCUCCAUCCGCCCCCAAAUGAGCUCUUGUCUUAAGGUGAAGCAACAUCUGUUUGCAUCCUGCUUCCCUUAACACGGCUAGUUUCCAGCCCCUCGCCGCCACUUUCCUUCAAGUUACCUGCUAGAUAUGGGAUGCCGGCUGUCUCGGGGAACCCCAUGAUGUGUGUCUUCGAGGCCCUCGGGCUUGGGGGCCCAUUCCGUUAGGACCAAAAGCUGCCUCCACAGCCUUUCUAUGCAAUCCAGAGUCCAGGAUUUGAUAUGCAGUCGGUUGAAGUGCUGCGGAGAUGAGAAGGCGGCGGCUCCUCGGUGCUUACGAAUCGCAUUCUCUAAUAGCCCAGGCGCUACGCAUCCCCCAAAAAGAAGAAGGCCAUUAUUAACUUAUGCCCCACUCUUCCUUGUCCUCUCGGGUUCCAGACAACCUUCUGCCUUCCGGGUUCCACCUCUGAAAAAAAAAUCUCCACUCCAUCUAGACAUUCCUUUCUCCAGAAGGGUGCCGUCAACUUUGUCUUCUCCAGAACCACUUUUCCCCUUUCUCACGGCGUUGGCAGAUUUGGUGGGCCCCGAAAGCGCCAGUCCCGAUCCAUUUUGUGGGGGAGGGGGGCACCCAGUGGAGGAAAGGUUUCUCACUCAUCCCCAGAUGUCCGAUCAAGAAGGGUGAGGCAGGAGCCCCACCUCCCGGCCCACCAUCCUUCGCAGGAGAAGCUUUUGGGCUGGUGGAACGACGGUAAAUGACCUGCAAACGUUUAUUUCUUGCCUCCGUGUUCUUCGGCUGUAGGGCGGUGAGAGUGCAAAACUCUGGCACAUUGAAGCAAUAGAGACAUUUGUUAAUAUUCUAUUAAACUCUCGUGGCUAAUCCUAAA